AUGCUCGCGCCAGAGACAGGUGGCAAGUUCGCCUUACCGCAGGGAACCAAGGUGAAGGCAGUCAUAUUCGCUCCACCCCCUGUAGUCAAUAACACGUUCGUCAAGGCUAUUCAGGCACAAGGGUAUGCAGCGCUGUCUGUGGUGCUCCUAGAUAUCCCCUACUAUUUCUCUAUCCCCGAUGUAUAUCUUAUGUCUGCAGACAGUUAUUGCCCCAAUUAA